AUGGUAAAGAGUCAAAUAGGGCAUCACUACACUAGUGAGGAAGAGAUCGAGGAAAUUGUGGACAAACUAGAAGCAUCUCGUGGUUUUAACCAAACGCAGAUAAAGGAACGGCUAAAUAAAAUUCAAAAAGAACAUGGCUACAACAAAUCACAGAUGACGAAAAUGUUAGAGAAACUCAAUGAAUCGGAUCAGUACGCGAUUUUACACUAUGGAGUUCUUUUCAAUAAUGUCCCUUUCUGCCGAUGUCUCAUUGAGAUCUACAAUUGCAAUGUUAAUCUAUUUGGUUGGGAUGGUGAGACACCGUUGCAUAUUGCUGCUCGCUUAACGGAAAUUAAUAGGCCGUUACAGACUGAGCAGUCAUCGAUCUUGUUAUAUCUAUUGAACUCGACGAAAGUCAAAAUUAACAUCGACAUACAAGAUAGUCAAGGUCGAACGCCUCUGCAUUUCGCAGUCAUGUACAACUGUUUUGAAAGUGCCAAAUGUCUCAUGAAAUAUGGGGCAAAACUUGACGUUCCUGACAUUCGAGGAGCCAUUCCACUUCACUACGCGUGUCGCUUUCAUCAGGAUGAGAAGAUAAUUGAGAUGAUCCAGCUGCUCAGUCGUGAUGAAUCUUUAUUAGACUACAAAACGCGUGAUAACAAGCGACCUAUUGAUGUGGCGGCUGAGCAUGGUAAUCUUAAAGUUAUCCAACAUCUCUUGAAAUUUAGACAAUUAGAAGUUUACAAUAAGAAAGCAGCUGUUAUUGAUCUAGUGCAAGCAGCUGCCCGCCAUCAUCAAAACGAAGUCUUAUCCUUUCUAAAAAACCAAUAUCAACAUAUGCUCAAUAGUUAUAUCAAUACACUUCAUUUUGCCUGUCGACAAUUACAUGGUGAUAAAAUGAUUUCGCAUUUGAUUAAUCGGGAAAGUAUAAUGUACCAAGACCAACAAAGUGGCUUUAGUCCAUUGAUGAUAGCUAUCCAACAUCGACAAUUGAAAUGUGUUAAAGAACUACUUGCCCAUGAAGAUUUCACAUCAGACGCAUUUGAAUUGAUUAGUUUCACAUCUUUAUCCAACGUAUUACAUAUUUGUGCAAAAAUCAAUCAAGAUGAAAUCACCUCAGCGAUAUUUAAUUGUCCAUAUAUGUCUGUUUUUUUAGCAGUUGCUGCCGAUGUGCAUGGCGAUACACCCUUACACGUUUGUGCUCAAGUAGGCAAUACACACAUGACUCGCCUCUUGCUACAUUAUAUGGCUCAAAAGAAUAUUUCGCCCGUAGUACCUAUUUCACAUCAUCCUACAUAUCGCUCGAUGACCAAUCUAGAUUCCAAUGGUCGACCACCAGAAAAGCCUUCUAAUCAAAAGACACGGCAAAUCAUUUCCCAAACAUCACCAUUGAAUAAUCACGUUUGGGCGAUGCUGACUAAAAAGAAUAAUAGCAAACUAAUACCACUACAUGAAGCGAUUCAUCAUGGCCAUUUAGAUGUUAUCAAGGAAAUGCUCCAAUUUGUUCAUGUAUCUAUGAUUAAUCAAUACGAUGAUCAGCGGCGCACAAGCUUGCAUAUGGCAGCGGAAAAAGGUCAUUUAGAUAUUGUAGAACUUCUUCUCAACCAUGGUGCUGAUGCACAUGCGUGUGAUAUAAAUGAUUGCACCCCGUUGCAUGAUGCCGCACGUUGUAGUAUGCAGGAGAAUGAUAACAAAGAGCGACCGCAAUGUAUCGAAAGUCUCGUCAAACAUGGUCAUGUCAAUGUCAACUCCAUGAAUAUUCGGCUAGAGUCACCAUUACAUAUCGCUUGUGAAUAUGGUUCUAGUGAGCUUUUUACAUGUUUACUUGAACUUGGCGCCAAUCUAUUCGACACAAAUAUCGAUGGUUAUAAUUGUCUUGAAUUGGCUGUGAUAAAAGGGAACGAAGAGGUUGUUCGCUUUUUAAUUCAACACGAGGAUGCUCUAGAACUAAUGCGCAAUGCACAAAUUCGAGAAGAAAAACGAAGUUGGAGUUGCUUUUCCACUUGUCAUAAGAUAGCAGAUACACCUAUGCGGAAACUUAUCCGUGAAAUGCCCAACAUGGCUUUGCUCAUGCUCGAAAAAUGUUCAUUCAAAGUGGGCAACAAAGAAACGAAAGUCUUCAAUCAGAUCUACAUUUAUGAAUUUCUAGACGAUCAAUAUACUGUUAAGGAUUGGGAAGAAGGUAAUUUUGGAGUGAAGAAGAAUAUUGACAAGCAAAGUAAAUUGUACACUUCGAAAACGAUCGAUCUCGUCACAAAUCAUCCACUAUUUCUAAUGGCUUCCUGUGAAGCUACUGAUCUUAUGGCACAUCCACUCAGUACUUAUCUUGUACAGCAAAAGUAUAACAAAUUCGGCAUUUAUCUCUACUGUUUCUUCAUCCUUUUCUAUAUUAUCUACCUCGCCAUUUUCACUACAGUCGCAUUACGCACAGACCAUCCACAAGCGUACUACGAUCUUGCAAAUAUAAACAGUUUUGACAAUAGUUUAUGCUAUAAUGUUUCUCAAGUACUUCUGUCAGGAUCAGUAGGCUUAGGUGGUAGGAAGGAAACUGCUGACUAUGUCCUGAAAUAUAUUCUGUACGUUCUAAUCUGGUGUCAUGUGUUCAAAGAUUUAUGCAUGAUUAUUGAAAUUAGUCAAGUUUAUGUCAUGAAAACUUUUGGCCAUUGGCUGGAAAUCGCUGCUGUUGUGUUGGCCUUCGUUUUUGUCUAUGACCAAAAAUACCAAACGAAUUUGACCUUUCGUUGUCCUCUUCAGUGGGAAAUUGGAGCAUUUGCCUUACUUCUCAGCUGGUUAGCUCUAUUGCAGUACGUUCGAUUUCUGCCGAUCGUCGGUCUUUACGUUGCCAUGCUUACGGUUAUUCUGAGAAAAUUUAUGAAGUUUUUGAUUAUACUUGUUAUAUUGAUUAGCGGGUUUGCAUUGAGUUUUCAUAUGGUCUUUCAAAACUUCAAACCAUUCAAAAAUACAGGUCUUUCUUACUUUAAGGCAGCAAUGAUGGUAUCGGGAGAACUCGAUUUUGACGAUUUCAUGUACAACGAUGAUACAGAAGCCUAUUAUAAGGUGGCCUACGUCAUUUAUAUUCUUUUCGGUGUUGUCAUGACAAUUUUUGUCACUAAUCUUCUUAUUGGACUGGCCGUUGGUGAGAUUCCACCUCUGAUGAAACAGGCCGAAGAUCAUGUCAAUUUGAUAUUUUUUCAACUUGUCGCGGAGUGUGAAAUUUUUCGAUACCAAUUAGCUUGGGUAUUGUGUCGUAGUGAUAUGAAUGAUGCUAUCGCUUACAGUUAUCAAGAUUUGAAGAGAAUACCUUGGUAUAAACGAUUAAAACGCUGGAUACUGACACGCUGUGGAACUUCGGUCAAUGAUGAUGAUCAAUCAGAGUCUACUAUGAAUGAAAUGCUAGAACAACAUACUUUAUUACUUCAAGACCUCAAGAAAAAGAUGUUAGUCUUGGUUGAACAAAGCAAACCCUCAACUGCGAACAGACAACUUCAACACUGA